UGCGGUCCAAUAAAUCCAGUGCCUGCCUUGGGCGGUCUCGGUAUUGCUGUAACCUGGUUUUCUUAGAGCAGAGAUGUCUUCGACCACCGUGACCAUUGUGGAGGUGCGAGCGAAACCAAUCAACCCGCUGCUCGCCUCGUACUUGGCGCAAUUGGCGCUACACCCUCUGAGGACGAAGGCAUUCACCACCGCCACAUUAUGUUUCCUCCAGGAGGUGCUCGCAACGCAUUUUGCUGGCGUACCAGCCAAGAAACCGAGCCCCGAUGCGCCCCUCUACCACCAGCUCCUGGCACGCUCGCAGAUUGACACGAAAGCGCUGAAGAUGGCGGUGUACGGUUUCUUCAUCUCGGCGCCCAUGGGCCACUACCUCGUCGGUGCCCUGCAGAAGGCGUUCGCAGGCAAGACCUCUACCGCUGCCAAGAUCGGGCAAAUCCUUGCGAACAACCUUCUGGUCGCGCCCAUACAGGCUUCAGUGUACCUUGCAAGCAUGGCCGUCAUCAACGGCGCGAAGACUAAGGAGGAGGUUGUGAAGACCGUGAAGAGCGGUUUCAUGGCCGUCAUGAGGAUGACUUGGAUCACUUCACCACUGACGCUGGUGUUCGCGCAACAAUUCCUAUCCCCCGAGCUCUGGGUCCCCUUCUUCAACAUUGUCGGAUUUGUCCUAGGGACCUACUUCAACACCAAAGUGAAGCAGAUUCGCCUCGCAGCGGAGAAGAAAAAGGACAAGGACCCCAAGGACGCGUAAUUCGGCACACGCUGACUAUAUGUUUCUGGACGGAUUGUUGUAAAACAUCGUUGUAUCUUACGCUCGGACUUAGUCUAUCAAUCCAGAUUUCUUCUCGCUGGA